UCCUCAUCUACACCCGCUAAACAUGCCUAGCCCGCACUACUGCAUUACCCUCUAUCCCACUAAGACCUAACCCUAACACACACAUCACACUCCAGCACAGCACUCUCCAUAAUCCACUUUGUAGGUUUCUCACACUCUUCACGCUCCCACCAGAGGCUCACCACUCUUUGUCGGCGGCGGAUUCCAUCACAGUAGCGUCCCCAUCCCGUCCAAAAUGCCCUCAUGCAUUUUGCUCUGUGUCGCUCCUUUCCUAGCGCUGUUGUGGUCUCCAUCCAAGGUCUUCGUCAUUUUUUUUUGUUUCAACCCCGUCGUCUCCGUCAUCUCACCAUUCAACAUCUCUCCGUCUCUCUUUGAUUUCUUCUACCAUAAGCUCUAUUCAGUGGCUACUACUGCUACUGGUUGCGUCGCUCGCAGUUCUGCUUGAUGUUCUUGUCGCUGUCAAAAUGGCCAUCGGAGUGAACAAGAUGCUGCAAUUUUAGUACCAGGAGACAUAAUCAACAUUAAAUUAGGAGAUAUCAUUCCGGACGAUGCUUGUCUUCUCAAGGGCAAUCCUCUAAGUUUUGAUUAGUCUGCUUUAAUAGGAGAAUCUCUUCUAAUGACCAAGAACCUAACUGAUGAAGUAUUUUCUGGAUCAAUAGUCAAGAAGGGUGAGAUAGAAGCAGUUGUGAUUGCCACUGGCGUGCACACCAUCUUUGGUAAAGCGGCUCACUUGGGGGAUAGUGCUAACCAAGUUGGAUACUUCUAGAAAGUGCUCACAGCAAUUGUCAACUUCUGCAUGUACUCAAUUGCUCGAAACGUAUGAUGACUAUUGAGGAAAUGGCUGGGAUGGAUGUCCUAUGCAGUGAUAAAACUUUAACAUUGACAAUGAAUAAGCUCAGUGUUGAUAGAAACUUGAUUGAGCUAUUUACUAAAGGUGUUGAGAAGGAGCAUGUUAUCCUUCUUACUGCAAGGGCCUCUAGGACCGAAUAUCAAGAUGCUAUAGAUGCUGCAAUUGUUGGGAUGUUUGCUGAUCCAAAGGAGGCUCAAGCCAGAAUCAGGGGGGUCCAUUUUCUUCCAUUCAAUCCUAUAGACAAGAGGACUACUCUAACUUACAUUGAUUUUCAUGGAAAUUGGCACCGUGUGAGCAAAGGAGCUCCGGAGCAGGAAAAACUUGUUUCAUUGGCAGCUUCUUAUGAUGGUUAUAAGGAUGAUAAAGGCUUAAUUUCUUUUCUCUUUAUUUACAUCAGAACCUUUUGCAACUGCAAAAAAGGAUGUUAGGAAGAAGGUUCAUGCAGUGAUUAAUAAGUUUGUCAAGCAUGGACUUCAGUUUUUAGGUGUUGCAAGAUACAUAUUGUAAUUUAAUUUCUAACUGUAUAAAGGUUUUAAUUUGUUGACCUUCCUUAGCGUUAAGGUGGGUAACAUAGAGCACAAUUCA